AUGACCACUCAAUUCAAUUUUGGUUCGGCGCCCACUUUGGCCACAACAUCGACGCCAUCCACCUUCACGUUUGGUCAGUUGACCACAACAUCUCAGUCAACACUUCCGUCUUUUAACACUUCAUUAACAACAACUCCUUUCUCAUUGAAUACAAAUGCAUUAAACUCUUUGUUGACCUCAAGUUUGGCCAACACUGGAAUGAAUCCAUUGGGAACUACACCGCCAUUAACUUUAACGCUGACCAGUGCUCCGACAGCGACCCCACAAACAUCAACACAACAGAUGACAACAUUUCACGGUAUGGGCGGAACCCCAAGCAUUGCAUCGGAGACGGCCACUGACCAGUCGGCCGAUGCCAACAAAUACAACAAAGACGUGUCAUAUAAACUAAUAAAAGUAAAAAAACGUCACAAUUCAAAGAUUAUGGAUUCACUUAAGAAAGACACUAAUAAGCUAUCGACGGCAGAGAUGGCGUAUCGGAUCUCAAAAGUGGAAGUCUUACAGACGCCGUCCAGUUAUACAAUCACUCAAAACAAGUAUAUUAACGCAUCGACUAAUCAAUACUUCUUGGAAACAAUUAACAACUUUGAACAACAAAUGAAUACUUAUUCAAAACAAAUACAAGAUUUUGAUACUAAUGUCGACAAUAUGAACAAACCGUACAUAUCUGAAGAGUUAUUAAAAAUUAUUGACACUUCAUUAUCAUCGCCAACCACUCCAUCACUCAUAAUGAAAGUGACAGAAAUUGAUGACGAUUUUAAUGUUAGUCAAGAGGUGAAAGACAAUGACAACAAAAGAAACAAUUCAACACAGAUUAGUGAAGACAACAACGACAAGUGUAUACAACAAAUAAUCACCGAUUGUACCACCGAUGGCACUCAAAACUCUAAUCAACUUAUCGAUAAAGAUAUUGAAGAGAUGGGUGAAUGCAUAAUGCCUAAUCUUAUAGAUUUCAGUGGUAGUUAUGUUGAGGCCAGUACUCAACAGUUGAAUAAUAUAUUGUCGACUCCAGAUUCAUACCAAAGUUGUCAGACAACACCUGAUAAUAAUAUUCAUAAAAAAUUUGAUAACCAUUCAAAUGAAUCAAAUGUUGACGAAUCGAUAGAUGAGAGACCAAAGAGUCCGCUUGAGAUACAAAUCAAUGCAAAUGUGGAUAAUUUGACACCAAUUAAACAAAGAAUUAACAAACAGUUGAGUCACGACCGGAACAACCAUUCACUUUGUGAGUCUCCCAUCACAUCGUCAUCUUCAACACAUAUAAUGUCAACGUUGUCACCGACGCUGUCGAAUGCAAUGUCAAGUCCUGUAUCGAGUUGUUCACCGAAGUUGAAUAAUAUAUUGUCGACUUCAGACACACAGCCGUUGAUCACCACAUCAGAUAUCAACAAAUGUAAUAUAUUUGAGACUAUAAUAGAAAACCAAAUCAUAUCGGGUUUUAUCGUCGGCGGCGAAGAAAUGUUGUGUUUUGUUCAAAUACUAAACACAGUUUUGAAGAAUUUUAGUCUUCAGCAGAUUAACAAUGUUUGUGAUGAACUGCAGAUAUUUUGUUCGCGUUGCACAUCGGAUCAGUUGGAAAUACUCAAAUCGGCGCAAAUCAUACCAAUGUUAGCGACGUGUUGUAGACUCAUAACAACAAUUGACGCUAAAAGACUUUGUACGACAUUAAUAACAAGUAUCAAAAAAAUAGUUACAACUACUAUAACAAGAGUUGAAAACAUUGAAAACAUUGAAAACAUUGAAAACAUUGAAAACAUUGAAAACAUUGAAAACAUUGAAAACAUUGAAAACAUUGAAAACAUUGAAAACACAAAACAAAAGAAGUUUUCUCAUUAUCCAUUGGAUGUAAGAUCUGAAUGUGUUCAGCUAUACCACGAACUGAAAAGUACACGAAAAGCUGAAAUCAGAUAUAAAGAAUUACACCCGUUAAAGACUAGGUGUCCAAACUAUAGCGACAUACGCCGAUACGUUAUUGCUUUUAAAAAGACAGGUACUGUUGCGAAUAAAAGAUAUCACCGAGAAGCAACAAUAACAACACCAGAAAUGUCUAAAAGAAUAUUAACUGAAUAUACACUAAACCCAAUACAACCACCUAUUAAAGUAGCGAAAAAAAUUGGAAUAUCACGCGAUUCUGUCAGAAAAGUUUUAAAAGCCGCUCAUAUGCAUCCGUAUAAGUUACAAACCAUUCAACCUAUAACUGAGAUAGAUAAGUUAAGAAGACUAGAAUUUGCUAAUUUUAUGCUUUGUGAAUAUGAAGACGAUCCGACAAAGACAUUUCCUAUGAAAUUAGCCAUUUGGGAUGAAAAGGAAUUCAAAAUCAAUGAAAGACCUAAUAUACAAAAUUAUCGCUUAUAUGCUCCUUAUGGAAGUAAACCGGUAUUUAAUAGAGCAUUAAAUUACCAAACUGCCCAAAAAGUUAUGGUUUUAGGAGGUGUUUGGGGAAACCGUAUACUUGGUCCAUUUUUUUUGAUGGAUCUGUUUCUGGUGCUUCGUUUACUAAAAUGCUAGAAGAACAGGUUUGGCCAGUAAUUAACAAUCAACCCGAUAGCGACGAUGUCAUAUUUUUACUGGACGGUGCAAGUCCUCAUUUUAGUCUUAUUUCACGUGAAUGGCUAAACGAGAAACUUCCAAAGCGAUGGAUUGGUAGGGGAGGAUCAAAAGGAGGUUUAGCCGAGUGGCCAGCACGAUCCCCUGAUGUCACGCCCAUGGACUUUUCGAUAUGGGGCAUAAUUCAUGGUAUUGUAUCAAAAAAAUAUGUUGAAACUGUUGAACAAUUAAAACAAGAAAUAGAGUAUGCCUUUACUUUUAUUGAUGAAAUAAUGUUACGAAAUAUUCGAGAAAAUAUGAUUAAGAGAUGGCAAUAUUUAAUUACUUGUGAUGGUGGACAUAUUGAACCAUAUAUGUAAUAUCUGUUUGUCGUCAAACUCUUCAAAUUCAUUAUUGUCUGUCCAAUCGUUUGGCUCAUCAGUCGAUUCAUUAACAUCUAGUCUUUGGU